AUGGCGGAUGUAGCCCACAUUCCCGACGAGGACCUCGCCAUACUCUCGGAGGAGUUGGGAGACAUGCUCGAAGGCCAGGUCCUAGACGAUGUGACAGCAGACCCGGCAUGUGAGGGGGCAGGGGAAGUGGGAAGUGAUCAUUUUUGUAGGGUCUGCGGGUCAAAUGAGGCAAGAUUCUGGAGAGACGAGCUGAAGGAGAUCUGGAGAAGGUCAGCACCGAGCCCAGUCGAGGGUGGAGGGGACGGGUCAACGAUAAGUGGGCCAAUGCGCAAGAAGUCUACGAGGGAUGCACAAGCCAGCCAGGAAAUGCCGACAAGUCUACGUGUAUCUCAGUCACACGCAUGGUCGUAUGCUAGAGUUAGUUGGUGCAUUGCUAAAUAUGCUCCAAGAGGAAGUCAACCACGAGGGUCUUUCCUAGCUUCUCCUGUAAGACGACGGCGAUUACGGUUGCCCAACAUUCAACCUUUCAUGACUGGCGGCGCCAGGAAUGAUUCCCAGAGAGAGAGAGAGUUUCACAAGUCGUUUAACUCUUUGCCAGCUACCGAAUACAUCUUGGCAAUGGAGCGUCGUCACGGUAGAUGCACUAGAGAUGUAGUCAGAUACAUUGCGAAACUCGCUCGCGUACUUGUGUCCGCGAGUCGCGCAAAUUUGCUCAUGCACUGCAAUCCACAUCAUGAAAGUUUCCACCAAGUCGAGUACGAGUCUACCAUAAUGCACAUAAGCGACCACAUCUCUGCCCAUCGCUCUCAAUCCGCAUCGCCCCGCUCCUUUCUGCAACACGGUGUCAAGGUCGCUGCCGAGUAA